AUGGUGGGCUCAUGGUGGUUUGAAUCGUUCUUCGCCAGCGUGAUCGUGACGAAUUCAAUUUUCAUCGCUGUCCAAGUCGAGAUUGCCGCCGUGCAGCCAGGACUACCUCCAGAUGUCAACACGUUCGUGGUCUCUUCGCUCUAUAGCCUCUUGUUCAUGGUCGAGCUCCUUAUACGGCUGAUGGCGGCAGGUCCCGGGCUCUACUGCAGCCAGGAUUGGGCCUGGACGUUGCUGGACACCAUCGUGGUACUUUCAAGCAUUUUGGAAUUCGUGGUGGAAGUGACAUUUCAGCAGGCGGAAGACAGCCAUUUCGGCAACAUGCGUCUUCUGCGCAUACUGCGGAUUGCAAAGAUCACCCGAGCUCUGCGCAUCCUCCGGCUGGUGAAGUUUAUGAGUGCCUUGAGAUCCCUGCUCUUCUGCAUUGGAAAGACUCUCAGAGCUAUGGCAUGGUCAGCGGCUCUUCUCACAUUGAUCAUCUUCCUGCUGCUUGCCUGUAAUCCGGAGGAGCUCUAG